CUCAUGAGGCAUUUAAGUCUCCACCCCCCAAACUCAGACACUUACAAACACAAUAGAGGAUCCAGUUGUUUUCGUGCUGCUGCUCAGAGUUGAGUAGACUUCUCAGCAGCGCGGUGGUCCUUGAUGGCGCAUCACUAAUUAUUUAUUUGUAAGAACUUGACGUUAAAAACGGACUUAUCCGGCAUAAGAAACUAAUACCUAAGGUGGUUAUCGAUGGAAGGCCUGGGGAAGAUGAACAGUGGGCAGGACACCGCCCUGGUCGUUUUGGCCUUUCUCCAAGCUGACUGUAGUAGUUCAGAGUACGAGACGGCGCUUCUCUCCCUGGGAAAGGACUUGAAUCUUACCCGGGACAUAAACUUCAAUGGUCCCAGGAAAGACGUCCUGGACGAUGGAGACCUCGAGUGUGAUGGUCACCUGCCCAGCAGCAUCACAGCUGCUAUAGCUGACCUGCAGCCUUCAGUGGAGCUGCAGUGGCCUAGGAACAAUGGUGAUGCAGCAGCACUUCAGCAGGUUGCAGAGGAGCUGAGAGAAAUUGCAGACCAGCUUGAACACAACAUGGUGGCUCAGGCUACACAAAACCUGAGCAGAAACAUAUCGACCUCACCCACUGAACAUUGGAAAGAGCACCUUACUCAGGAGGUGGAGAGGAUGAUCAGGCGGGGUGUGGGUCUGGAUCAUCUACCCCAGGAGCGAGUCAUCGUGGCCCUCACGCUCACCUUGGUGAAGGGAGUGUGCGUGCAGACUCCUCGGCUGCUGAGAAACCUCUUCAACACUGCGCUGCAGUACCUCAACCCUGCGAGGUGACUUUUGAGCUGCAGACCGAGAGGAAAUAACUAAGAAAUGUGUGAUGGAAGCCAGCUCAAUCUGAAACUGGCACCUGCUCCUCGUGAUCAGUCGACUGUGAAAGGAACAGUGAUACAGUAGCAAAAACACUUUUCAAACUAAAGAAGGUGCCAAUGAAUUGUUUGUUUACAGUCAUAUUUUGAAAAUGGGAAAUAUGAGUUGAGUUUGACACUUGAAUUUUUUCAUGACGUUAUCUGCUAAGUCUUACUGCCUCUGUUUAUUCUUGCUUAAAAUGUUUUUCAUUUUAUACAUGAAAUACAUGAUUAUUUUUGUAUACAAUUAUUUCCCUUUUGGCAUAUAUACAUGUAUGGCUAUUGUCUUGUGUAAUUUGAUUAAAUAUAUUUUCCUGGGA